UCUUAAUUUUUCCUAACUAUUAAAAUUUUUUUUUCUCUCUCUCCUUACCGAUUUUUUUUCUUUUAUCUGUUCUUCUAUUCUCCUUUACCUUCAAAUACAGUGUUUCUUCCUCUUUCUUUUAAUAUAUAACUAAAAAUAAAACAUGGCACAAAGUAUAUUGAUUUAUCUCAAAAUAAUUAUUUUUAUUAAAAAAAAAUAAAAAUUUUAUAUAAUAUACUUAUCUGAUUGUAUAACGGAUAGUACGUUAUACUAUAAUCUUUCGCAAUGUAAUAUGCGUAGAGAAACUAAAUAAAAACUUGCUCGCCGUUAACCUCGCGCACGUCACAUCAUUAAUCCCAAACUGUCACAUUAUCUCCGUGAAACUCGCCGCGGAUUCGUCUGCUAACGUCAAAGUAUAUUCGACUACGAACGCGCACUUCUCAUCGAAUCUACGAGACUUUUCUUAUAAGAAAUUAUUAACCGUACAAUUUACAGAUAUAUCACUUAAUAUUUAUUCUUUACUCUCACAAAACGAUUAUAUUACGAAUGACAGCAAUUUAUCAUCAUAUCAAUAUGCAGUAUAUAUUUUAUAAGAAACUGUCACAGGUAAGUCUUAGAAGAGCCCUCUCGUGUUGAAUUCGUGUACUUAACAAAGACCGACGACGUAUCUUAAUUAAAAAAUCUACAUUUUAAGGUGCGAAUUCAUGCAGCGAGAAAUCGCUGGCGACUUGGGAGAAGUGGGGGAAAAGUGACGCCAGCGACAAGUAUUCGUCGCUUUUCUCCCGGUACAUAUUCAUGUGACGACAAAUCGCUAGCGACUUUAAUGUCAGUUAUAGGUUAUUGCAGAGAAAUAAUUAUUGUAAUAAAAAAUAAAAAGUAGUGAGUAAAAAUGAAGGUGACAGUACGUACAAACGGGGUGUAUACCACUCAGUGUGCAAAUAAUUUGAAAAUAGCGAUAACAAAAACCAUCAAGAAGCGACGGAUAGCGAUUGCAACUGCUGUAAUGUUGGAGUUGCAAAAAAUACAAAAGAAGCGAAAGUACAAAAAGAAGCAGUAUUGGGUAGCUCCAUACUUAAAAGACCGUCAGAAGCAUAGCUUCUUUCAUGUGUCCAUUCCUAAACUGACGUUGGAAGAUGGCAUACGUUAUUAUAACUAUUUUCGAAUGUCAGCAACACAGUUAGAAGAACUGUUGUUAUUAGUUGGAGCACAAUUGCAAAAAAUGAAUGUUGUUCGAGAGUGCAUAGGACCUAAAGAACGCUUGGCGUUAACAUUAAGAUAUCUUGCAUCUGGUGAUUCGAUGAUCUCAAUGUCAUACCAAUACCUCGUAGGAGUUAGCACAGCAAACAACAUAAUUGGAGAGACGUGCAAAGCGAUUUGGGAUAUCUUACAUCCACUAGUUUUACCACCUGCAUUAACUGAAACAGAGUGGUUAGAUAUUGCGCAGGACUUCAAGGAUAAAACAAAUUUUGCCCACUGCAUUGGCGCCAUUGAUGGCAAACAUGUGACCAUACAGUGUCCCAAUAAUGCCGGUUCCACCUAUUUCAAUUACAAACAAUCGCACAGCAUUGUUUUAUUGUGUAUUUGUGAUGCAAAUUAUAUUAUCCGAUUUGUGGACAUCGGAGCAUACGGCCGACGAAGUGAUGGCGGAAUUUUUGGAGACAGUGUUAUAGGGAGAAAUUUUGACUCUCAACGCAUGAAUGUGCCGAAACCAGCAGCUGUUGAAAAUGGACGAACUCUACCAUUCAUUCUUGUGGGAGACGAGGCUUUUCCUUUAAAACCAUAUCUGCUUAGACCCUACCCAGGCAAAAAUGGAUUGACUCCGCAGCAGGACAUUUUUAACUAUCGGUUAAGUCGUGCAAGAAGAAUGGUCGAGAAUACAUUUGGUAUUUUAGCGAGUCAAUGGCGAGUGUAUCGUAAACCGAUUAUUGCUCUGCCACAAACUGCUAUAUCAAUCGUGCAAGCAACAGUGUGUUUGCAUAACUGGCUCCGAAAAGAAGACAUCGGAAGAAAUAUUUAUGUCCCCCUAAAUAUGAUCGACGAAGAAAGCGUAGAUCUAAAUACUUUUCAACCAGGUACUUGGCGGAGAAUAAUGGAGGAUGGAUGCGCAUUUCAAGACAUUACUAAUUGUGGAACCAACACAAGUACUCGAUACUGCAUGGCAAUUCGUGAUGAAUUUCGCGAUUAUUUUUGUAAUGAAGGAUCAAUACCGUGGCAAUUUAAUAGACACAAAUAAUUGAUUUGCAUAUCUUAUUAACAUGUUUUAUUAUAAAAAUAUUAAAAAAUAUAAAAAUAUUCUUAAAAAAUCUA